GCACCGUAAUACCCGGACCAGAUGUUUACGAGGCCAUUCAUUCUUUGUUAAAGGGCUUGCUCGUGAAGUCGUUGAGUUCAUUGGCAUGUGAACUCGGAGGUGUUCCCUCGGAAAGCACCGAUUACGGGUGCUCGUACAUCCGCAUAAAUAAGACACAUCAAUCGCCAUGACGUAACGGCCGAGGAAUACCGAAUUCACGACGGUUCGCGGCGCCGUGGCGCACGAAUAACGCAAUAAUGCGCACCGUGUGAAAGCAAAAUUACGUGUUGUCGAAAUAAAUAUGAGUGUUGCGGAGUUUUGUUUGUUGCGUUUUUUGUUUAUCACCCGAUAAACGUUUAAUACCUGAGUGCUCAUCAAUGUAGGAAGUUAAGUCAACCGUCUACGUCGCGAGUUUUGUUUGUCUGUUUUGCUAUAUGUUAAAAUGUGUGGAAUGUUGACACGGGCGAGCGAAAUAUAAAAAAUAUAUAGUUUACGAAAAAUGUCGUCUAUGUAAAAGUGCGUACGAUGAAAACGUUCUCGGAGCGAGAGUUAGUCAGAGAUAUUCAUAGAGUUACCUGUAAAAAUCGAAUUGAAUCUGUCAAAGCUAAAGUUGAAGUGCUGUUAUCUUUCUGUUAUCUUUGAACACUUAACAGUCGCUAAACCCAAUGGGCAGUGUUAUAUAACACUGUACUUAUCUCAAGGCGAUAAUAUAUCUGAUAAGGGAAUCAUUUUUAAUUUAUAAUGCGUGUCACAGUUCUUUAUGAAGUAGCUUUCAGUCAUUCCUGCAACAUCAAUCAAAAUAUAAAAACCUGUUAGUCGUAGAACCAUAAACUGUUAAUAUCUUAUAGCAUUUAUUUGUUCUCGUGCUGCUGUCCACGUUAUCGAAAAAUUCUUCUAGGUAAAAUUCUUCUAGUCUUGGUGCUUUCUAUCACAUCCCUGCACUGGUGGGUGAUGUAUUUUAAGUCUAAAGAUGAUACGUAUGAUAUACAAAAACUUUGCGACAUAUGGGUCAAAUCUCAUGGGUAUCAUAGCACCUCUGACUAUUCCGCCGUUGCACAUCGCAUCUUUAUAUUACUUCUGGCAAGAGUACUCAAGAGUGGUGGACAAAGAAUAUUGCACCUGUUCAUGUUGGGAUACUGUGUUUAAAGGAUCAUAUGAAUCCGGAAUCGCUUCCUACAAGCACAUGUACUUCAACGCCACCCAGAACACAUUGAAAAUAUGGAUGGCUAUAGUUAUCGGGGUGAUUGCAUUUUACGAGACGGUGAAGUAUUUAACGUGGUUGGCGAUUCAGCAGAGGCUCAGAUACUGCAUGAUGCUGCUUUUCUCGACCACUGUGUUCUCCCACUACUACACCUGGUGGGUGUAUAUAAAUUAUUGGAACGAUGAAUUUUACUCCCAGUGGUAUCAUCAGAUGUUCUUCUCCGUCACCGAGUUAAUAUCCACCUUCUGGGUUCUCCAUCUGGCGGAUAGUAAGAAUCCUGUGACUCGCAGGAAAGCGUUCACCAUAGUUGCGAUAGCAAUUCUGCAUAUUCUGGCUGCCAGCUGGGAUCAGUUCUUUCAAAAUGUUGUCAGAGGGGAAGGUUACGCGCACCAGGUUGUACGUGAUUUGAUGCUCAUGAUACCGGAUAUCCUCCACGUUGCCGUUCCGCUAUGUUCGAUCAAGUGGAAAAGCGGUCAUCAUCUUCCCGGAUACGGCAUGAGAUACUCGACUAUUAUACUAUUCCGAAGAUGCACCAUCACGAAGGAUUUGGUGUACAUGUUAAAUAUAGUCAUGGUCGGAUUAUGGAUUUGGGCAUGUCUGUAAUUUCGACGAUAUCGCUGGAGGAAGCGCGUGAUAUCACGUCCGGCGAUGUGGCCUCGAGGCAUGCCCACUCGUUCUAAAACGAGAACGGCCUUCAUUAAUUUACCAUGUUCUUCCUACGAAAUAGCUGAACUCCGCGAUAUAGAACGCCUAACGAUUUCUAAUACAAGAGCCAAAGUCUCGUCUCUGUGUGACGGAUUUUAUUGUUACUGCAGGCACAGUAUCAAUUUUAUUGAUAUCACAAAGCCAAAGAAAUGUCCCGUCUGUACGUAGUAUUAUCGUUAACGAAUGUGUUCCAAGAGUAGCUGGACUGAACUUAGGUUACUAGGUUGCAUGCCGUCCUUUUCCAUUGUCUAGGUUACCACAUCCUCGUCGUUUUAUUCAGUAUUUUAUAGUCUUACCUCAUCAUGGUCUUUCACAUGAGCUUAUAGGGGGAGGAAGACUCUUAUCUAUUAUUUAUGAAAUAUUCAUAACUUUGCAAAGUUUCGACGUCUUUAUACCAGACUCGCGAGCGGCUGGACAUCACGAUAAGCGUUGAGUGUAAUUCAAGACUUUGUUAAUAGUGAGACUUUUUUAUAAUCUAAAGUGCGUUACAGAUUGCUAAAAAAGAGAAUCGUGAAUGAAUAGCGCCUGAAGAGAGUUACUCCAAAUAAUUUUAAGUAUUGCAUUAAUAGCGAACAUAUCAAAUAAUGUAGAUAGUUUACGCGAGCAGGAUGUUAUCGUGGCAGAAAAGACUAUUGGCACUAUUAA